CCUAGUGUGUGUGUGAGUGAGCAAGCAGCCAGUCAGACAGACAGACGGACGGAUGGUAGGGGGCUCGAGCAGGAAUGGCGGAGAAUCGUUACUUUCGGGUCGUGCACGUCAUCAACUUUUGGAUGCCUCCGUCAUACCCUGCUGUGGACGCGUCUGCUAACGGAUAGACUGAUCCACGGAUGUGUAUCUCUUCGGAACCUGAACAAAAUGACUUGAUAAAGACUUAAAAGAAGACAAAAUGACCUGAUAAAGACUUAAAAGAAGACAAAAUGACCUGAUAAAGACUUAAAAGAAGAAAAAAUGGCUUGAUAAAGACUUAAAACUUUUUGGAGGUGAGGUUACACCACAGACAGAUAUACAUAAGUCGUAUCGUGUGUGGUGUAGCGCUUGCCGAAGAAAGAAACACCAAACUGACUGUGUGGAUUUCUGCGGAAAUACUAGCGCGGAUUUGAUGUGAAAUGUGUCAAGUUUUGCUGGUGUCUUCUUGCUAAAAAUCUACGCGAGACGACAAUUAAAUUCACAGAUUGGUGCUUGCUUCCAAAGUCUUGUUGAAGCAGCAGUAGACAUUUACUUGAGUCAAGUGUGCCGUAAAAACACCUACUCUAUCAAUCGAUCUAUCAAAUCAGACUUUUUUUGGUUAAAUACCAAACGAACAAUUCUUUCUCAACUGUGGAAUAAUUAAUUAAUUCACGAAGACUUGAUUGGAAAAAAAAAGUUUUGUGAAGCAGAAGGGGGCGAGAAUUUUUUAUGUGACUAUUUUGUUUUUAUUCUGGAUUUUGAAAUGUUAUGAAGCAGAAAGCGAGGAUUUUUUAAUGUGUUUUUUGUAUUCUGAAUGUGGUCAUGGUGUAGCGAUAAUAUAAGGAAGAGGAGGCAGUCGUCAUGAUUUCCUCCAAAUCUCGACGUGGGGUGGGAGGUGGAGGGGCGGCGGGGGAUGGGUUCUAUUCCGUCCCUCAGGCGUCAGAUAUCGCCAGAAACCUCGCCACCCCUUCGAGAUCUUCGCCAGGAGGAGGAGGGGGAGGAGGAGGAGGAGGAGGAGGAGUUCUUCGUGCUACAUCUUCAGCAUCUCCCUCUUUCUCCAACUCGCCAAAAUCUACUUCAUUUUCAUCUUCUUCGUCUCCUCCUCCUUCUUCUUCUUCUACUGCUACUGAGGCGAUGGUUGCCAGGGACGCUUCCCCGGGCGGUUGUCAUGGAGGGCCUCAUCACGUGACUAACCCCUACGACGACCUCAGCCUGUAUACGUCACAGAUCAGCGCCGUGCACCCCCCAGCUGUCCAACAGUCGUCCUCUACCUCCAAUCUCUCCUCCAACAAAGGACGCGGCAGCCAAAGCCACUACGCCAGAUCGAGUUCUGGUGGCUAUUUCGGCUUGAACAGGCCUCAACAUCACGCGCAUACCUUCGGCCACCACAGCGAGUACAGCAGCAGCAGCCCCACAAGAGCUGCCGAUUCACCCGGAUACUAUGGAUUCGAGAAACCGAGAACUCCGGAAGCAUCCGGAUAUUCGGUUCAUAGCAAACCGGUUGAUGCAGAAGGAAUCGGUUACGCUCCACACGCUCAUCAAGGUUCGUCUGAUCCGGCUGGACAUUUUAAAUUCCGGCACCCCCUCUACACGCCAACCGGAUAUUAUGGUUUCGAGAAAGAAGGCAGCCGCUCUGCCAACUCUCCCACUUCUAGUGGUGGGUAUUACGGAUUUAGCAGAACCGGAUCCUCCAGCAAUGGAACCGGAUUGAAGCAGCGCGAAGAUUUCGAUUAUCCGAUAUACGAAGGCCACAGCUUUGGAUCCGAUGCUCAACCCCAGCCCAGUGAGAGUAGGUCAGAGAGAGCCUUGUCAUCCACUCGCGAAAAAUCGUCACCUUCAUCAUCCGAAGGCGGGAAAAACACACCGAAAAUGUCGAAACAGCGAACUCUAUCCGAAUGGGUGAGGAAUCUGACCAAUACCGGAUCCAAAUCCCCUUCGACCGAGUCCCGGUACCGAACCCCUGCCUCUUACAGCGGGGCCGACCGGGAAUCGCACAGCGCUCAGCACAUGGACGGGCCUCCCCGCGGAGUGGUCACCCCUAUGUACAUGUCACAGCCAGGCGUCUGGUCAAGGGAGCGGCCUCUGUGCAUUGACCAGCGCAAAACCGGGGCCGCACCGGAUCCGGAAGUUUCGAGUAAGAGCCCGGAUCACAGCCCGAACCGGUACCGAAUCCUGGAGGACCCGAAUCGAGGUGGGGGAGGUCCGAGUCGAAAUGAAGUCCCUCUGUUUCAAUUUGAGUCCUCUAGAGGAAGUGUUGGGAGAAGAGAUUAUGGUGGGUAUAAUCUAGGAGGAGGAGGAGACAGAGGAGGAGGUGGAGGGGGAGGGGAAAGAGAAAGAGGAGGAGAAAGAGAAAGAGGAGAAAGAGAAAGAGAAAGAGGAGGAGGAGGAGGGAGCCCGCAAAGCCCCAGCUACUCCCAUCUCAACUACCACCAGCAACUGCGCAAAGAACUGGGAAUGCCGCGCGCCUCGUUCUCACCCCAACCACAUCUCCAACUGCAGCAGCUGCAACAACAACAACAACUACCCCAACAACAGCAACAACAUUCUUCCUCUCUCCCUCACCAAUAUAGCCGUUACCCCCUCAACAACAUAAUCACCCCCUUACCCUCAUCCAGUGACAGCAGUCUACACAUGUCCUCCACCUCCCAGAACUACUCUGACAAAUUCGGAGGCGACCAUUACCCCCUCCUCCCCUCCUCCUCCCCUCUCGCUGACGACAGGAGCGGUUCCCGAACCUUCCACGAAGCCUUCCAGGGCCUCCACGGCCACUACUCCACCCCUCACCUGCCCUCGGCAGUGGGCUCGUCUUACGAGCAGCCUCUCUCGGGUUCGGAUCCCAACUUGCAGAGCGAGUCCAAACAAGCGGGGAUGUUCCCUUACUACGACAACGUGACGGGCCUCAAGAACCAGCGCGGGAAAUCGUCCACCCACUACCCUUACGACCUGGAGACGCGCGCGUUCCUCCAGCAGUUCUGUGGGGCCACGCCCACCACCCAGGGCCACGCCCACGCCUUCCAUCUCGCGGAGACGACGGGACCGAGCUCCGCCUCCUCCCUGCCCAGCGUCUCCACCCACGGCCUAAGCUCCGCCCACUCUCCGAGAAGCUCCGCCCACUCGCCAAGAAGCUCCGCCCACUCUCCGAGAAGUUCCGCCCACCACCCCCUCCACCACCAUCACCAGCACCACCACCGCUCUCUAUCACCCCAGUCUCACCACCACCGCUCUCUAUCACCCCAGUCUCACCACUACAGCUCGACGACGCCAGACUCCACAGACCACGCCUACUACUCGUCAACCAACCUCAAAGGCUUGUGCACUAUACCCAGAAAUACGUCGUCCUCAUUUUUGUCAUCAUCACCAUGUACAUCUACAACCAUGCCCUCAUCACCACCAUCAUCAUCAGCGAUGAUGAUACACCCUGGCCAAAAUUUCAUCUACAGCCUUCAGAAAAGAGAACCCAGCUACGAGGAUAUAGAAAACAUCACGCCCUACAGACAGGAAAAAUCUGGGCGACAGCAGCAACAACAGCAACAGCAACAUCAUCAUCAGCAGCAGCAGCAACAGCAACAACAACAGCAACGACAGUACACAGCCAACAACAACCACCCAGGGUACAACGACAACGGUGGCGGUGCACGUGCAGAUAAAAUGAACCCCGAACUCACGACAGCUGGCACCUCCACCACCCCCACCGCCGCCAACUACUACUACUACUCACCAUCAUCACCGCAGCAGAAAACACACCUGAAUGCACGUGCUCAGAACACAACAACAACGACAACAACGCACGCGACGACAACAGCAGCAGCAGUUGGUGGUGAGGAGGAGGAAGACAGUCGUAGCGGGAAAUCUGCUUUUUCCCGGCCCGCCCCGAAGCCCAAGAAAAAGGGCUUGUUCGGAUCGGUGCUGGAAAAGGCGCAUCUUUUCGAGUCUUCGGCCGAGUCUCUCGCGAGGAAAGAAAAGGCGAAACAACAGAAAGCCGAGAAGAAAGCGGCCAAUCUGAGCGCAUCUGCCUCAGGGAGCAAGAGCUUGGUUCAAGAUUAUAGUAGUAAUAGUGCUAACAGUGCAAUAAAUAACGCAAACAGUGCAAUAUAUAACCCAAACAGUGCUAUAAAUAACACAAACAGUGCUAUAAAUAACACAAACAGUGCUAUAAAUAGUACAAAUAGUUUUGCUUACAAAGGUGGUCAACCAAUUUUGGACAGUCACCCGGUUUAUUACGGAAGUCGAUCGUUGUCUCCACUAGACGCGAUCGUCACCGAAGGACACAUCUCCACAUCUAUGCCCCACCACCAUCUCACUUACUCAACACCUUCGUCAGCCGGUUCCAGUUCGAAACCCUACCGAAUUCCUCACCGGGAUGAGUCUGGGAGUGGCUUUAGCUCCUCACUUCCUUUCCGUGAGGGUCAGAUGAGUUCAACUGGAAGUGACGUAGUGAGUAGGGCUAGCAGUGACGUGUACUCACGUGGUGGUCAUGUUGUUGGUAGUGGAAGUGGGUCAGAGGGUCUGAGUGUGCCAGCCGUGACCCUGUCCAGAGGUGUGACGUCACCUCGAAAUGACGUCACAUCCGGUGGAGCAGCAUCAUCAGCAGCAGCAUCAGCAGCAAAAGCAGUACCAGAAGAAGCAGGAGUAGUAGUAGCAGGUGGUGGUGGUAGUGGUGGUGGUGAUAUGACUUCGCAUCACCACCGCUUCGAGGUCGCUACUUCGGGGGAUGGUCAGCUUACGUCAUCGCUGCGUCGUGACGUAACGGGUGUCGUUAGUAGUGUCGGUGUCGGUGGCGUUGGAGGGAGUGGCGGUGGUGUCGGUGUCGGUGAUGUUGGGGGAAGUAGCGGUGUCGGUGGUGUCGGUGUCGGAGGGAGUGGUGUCGUGACGUCACCGCGCGCCCAGCAGACGACCAGCAUGCACGAGAGCGGAAGCGUGGACAUGGAGGCAAUGAGUGAGUUCAUCAAGAGUUCUGGAACCUUCCCCUACCACGUGUUCUCCCGGAGGAAGAAGCCGAUGCCUGAACUAGUGGCCGCACCAGACUGUUCGGAAUGCUGA